AUGUCAGGAGCUAAGAACCUUGUUAAAAACCAAAUGGAAAACAAGGUUUUGUCAACAAAUGUUGCGAAAAAGUCACCAUUGUCUAAGAACCAAAAGGUAGGCCUUGUAGAAACUUUGUUUUUACUGUUUAGGCAAAGAACGCAGUUCUUGAUGCCAAACUUCGACGAAAAAUCUACGAACAAAGAUUCGCAAACAUCUUCGUGUACGGUAUGCAAGUCAAGAUUAGGACAAAGUACACCAAGGACAUGAGGGCACUUCAAUUCCACCGUGCUGAGCUCAUAUCUACUGAAAAGCGGAUGAGGGAAAUGUCAAUGUAGGUUUAAAAUUUCUAGCAUAUUUCGGAAAACUACCAAAAAUGUAAAUUAUUUAUUUUAAGUCUUUUGUACAUUAGCUGCUUGUUUCAACUUUUAUAAAAUUUGGAAAAAGAGUCAUUGUUUGUUUCACUUGGUUUAACAUGCUGUACUUUCAAUAUUUUGUUAAUAUAUGUUGUAAUUGUAGGGAAGCCGGCUGGUCUGUACCUGAAACAGCAAGCGUAAUCUCGAGAAUGCAAAUUAAGUACAAGACAAAGCUAGACCAAUAUGAAAAGAAGUUCAGAAGUAAAUCACCAACAAGACGAACUGCUCUUGGCCCACGAGAUCAACGUCCAAAGCCUCCAAUGUCUCCAUUAGCUCACCAAGAACAUGUUCUGUCUGUUGAACAGCCAGUGGUGGCACCGAAGGUGACGGUAGCCAGGAGACGUUUGAACUUCACCUCGACUCCGAAGCGACCAGAUGUUGUUGUGAAGCCUAGAUGCGUUGUUGAGCCCUCGAUGAAGUUGAAACGGUUUGAACUAGUCUUUGUGUGCUUGUUUGGUGUUGUAGCAUUGGGUGCUUCGUACUUCUUUUCCUCAUAA